CCACUUUUGUUCACAAUCUCGAAACAUUCUAUGAUUUGAUUUGUGAGGAUCAUAAGCUACAUAAUAUCUGCAAUCACAAAGAAAUCAUAUAAAAUUUGAAAAACUGGAAACUGAUAGUUAGUCUACAAAAAAAACAGGAAACUAUUAACUACAAACAUUGGCAUCAAAAAACAAGAGUGUUGUGUGUGAUCGAAAAGUUGUAAAUCAACGAGGGAAAAAAAAGGAAUUUUUUUAUUUAUAGGUUAUAGAAAAGCUUUUGUCUCAAAUUCCAUCGCCAAGCAAAGCUGUUUUCGAUCUUUCUCGUCUCCUCUGCCGUCGAAGGUUUGUCUUUUGCGUUUCUCUUCCUGAAUUACUCUCUCCUUCGAUUUAAAGGAUCCAUCUUUGAUUCUGGGUUAGGAUUCGAAGGCUUCAAUUCAAUAGGAGGAACAUCGAGUUGUAUUAGGUACAAACAAAUCUUAUGGCUAUGAGAAGUUCUGCUAGAGAUUCGAUAAGCAAUUUGCCAGAUGAGAUUCUUGGCAAAAUCUUGUCUUUGCUUCCGACAAAAGUGGCUGCUUCGACAUCGGUUCUGUCCAAGAGGUGGAGGAAUCUGCUGGGUCUUGUAGACAACCUUUGUUUUGAUGAGUCGAUGGUUGUGUAUCCCAAUGAAGAAGAAGCUGAAAAUGGUUCAGAUCGCUUUUCGGAUUUCGUAGACAAGGCAUUGACUCUGUUAGGCAAUUCUCACAUCAAGAAGUUCUCUCUGUGUCAUGAGCCUAGACGUGGCUGUGUAGAUGCAUACCAACGUUGGAUUUUCACUGCCAUGGAACUUGGUUUAUUGGAACUACACUUGCACGCCGAUAGACGCUAUUCUUGUGUUGAUAUAGAGACAGAGUUUUUCACGAGCAAUACACUGGUCAAGCUCACACUAUCCGGUGUAUAUUCUCUUGAAGCUGAGCGUGUGUUUUUCCCUGCGCUCAAAUCACUUUCUCUAUUAUCAGUUUCAAGGCUUGACCAUCCCAACUAUUGUCAGCUCGUCGAUGGCUGCCCUGUCCUCGAAGAACUGUUCAUAUGUGACGCUGAUCCUUGGGAUACACCAUGUUGCGGUACGGGUGUGGAAAGUGCAUCCAUCAAGCGACUUGUGCUUUUUCUCAAUCUUCCCGGUUCUAAAGAAGAUCACGAAGUAGCUUAUCUUGAAGCACCAAGUCUUGUGUACCUUGACUAUUCGAGUUAUGUCUUCGAAAAUUAUCAGUUUACUGAUUUGGAUUUGCUUGUCGAAGCCCGUCUGAGUCUCAGAUUAUGGGACUCAACUAAUGAUUAUGAUUAUUCUGAUGACGAUGACGAUGAUGAUGAACCAAAGGAGGCUAUAUUUGGCGAUGUAACAAAACUAGUUGCGGGUAUAAGCCACAUUACAACCCUUCACUUGUCUCCCGAUUCCCUUGAGGCGUUUCAUUUCUGCUGUGAAUCCAUGCCGAUGUUCAACAACCUCCUUAAUUUAUCUAUUGAGAGUAACAAGGAUAAAGGUUGGCAAGUAAUGCCACUUCUCCUCAAGAUUUGUCCAAAUCUACAGACUUUAGUCAUCAAGGGUCUUGUGCACAGAGUAACAAAUAGAUGCGGAGAUGCAUGCGCUUGCAUCCCUAAGAAGCAUAAGAAUGAGAAAACGAAGAGGAAGAUUGUCAAGGAGGAGGAGAAAUUAUGUUGUUUAUGGACAUGUGAAGUGAAGGUGCUAGAGAUUUCAGAGUAUGGAGGUUCUUUUCUAGAGCUGAAACAGAUGAGACAUUUCUUGGGGAAGUUGAAAUGUCUUGAAACUGUGAAAGUUGGUGUUGAUGCGGACAACGAAAACAACAGUGAGUUCUUGCGAGCUAAUCUGCUGGCUCUCCCCAGACUUUCAUCAAAGUGCAAUAUUCAGUUCGGCUGACCUUUUUCUCCCCUCAUCUUUUUUCGCUUUGAUGUGGCAUUGUAAAAGUAACUUAACAUGAAUAUGAUUAUAUCACUAAAAUUUCAUUGAAGUUCGUUACAAUAUAAUAAGUAUGCAUACAAUCUAGUAUGUGUUAGAUUUUUCUGUGUUUGUAUAGAGAAAAGUGGAAUAUUCUCGAA